GGGGAUGUAUGUGGGUGCUCCACGGGCUGCUGCUGCUGCAGCUGCUGUUGCGUGCCACACGUUGAUCUUCUUUCCAUCCUUCGAUCGCUUGGUUCCAUCGCCUCUGUCGUGCCGGACGUCGUCGUCGACGACGAUCAUGGCUGCGUGCCGGGCUUGAGAUCGGCGGACUCGCUCGGAUGCGAGCUGCUCUGUUCCGUCGAGUUCCGUCUGGAUCCGACCCGAGUCGAAUCGGGGGAGGAGGAGGUGUGCAGCCUCCGUGCUCGCCGUGUCGUAUUGAUAAGUCUCGAGAUUUUACUGCUCUGGCGCAUGUCGAUCCGACAGUGGACAAAGUACGCGAACGGAAUGGGACGGGACGAGGCCAGGGACUCGAGGGGAGGCGAGUUAGGUGCAGCGCUGUCAUUAGGUGGUCUUGUGCGCUGUUGAAAUUGGUUGACGCGCUGGUCCGAACCGGAUUUUGGUCGUCAAAUCUGAUACUCGGAUAGACGAUAAGCUCCGCAAACUGGCCCGAGGGCUUCAUAGCUCCCCGUCCCUCGUGCAUUAAAAUAUUAGUUUCUCUGUAAUAGAAAACGUGCCGAAGAUUUAGCUGCCAGACUGCGAGACUGCGAGCCUAGUUCCGUUAGAUUGACCGAACGAGCGACCGCUCGGGGAGGAGGGACGAAGGGGCGAGGCUCGGACUGGGAAGAGCUCGAGGACCCGAGCUGCGAGCAGUGACUCAGAGAGCCGGGGACGAUGAGCAGAGAGCGCCAUAGAGCUCACAAUUGCAUAUACAUAGGAAGACUUGUGGUGAGGUCCGAGAGAAAAUUAAUUUUGUAUUGUCGGGGGAUGCUGUGCUGUGCUGAGCUGAGCUGAGCUGAGCUGAGGCCUUGCGCAGAACCGCCAGGGACUUGCGGAUCCGGGCGGAGGGGAGGGGAGGGGAAGGGAGGGGAGGGUCGGUAUUGUGCUGCUGCUGCUGCUGCCGCUGCUCGCUGUAAGUGUUCGGUCGAGGCCAGACUAAUAAUGACUAAUAGAAGCGCGGCGGGAAAUUGGAGCUGAGGAAGGCAGACUCUCGAGUCGUUGCUUUCGGAGUAGCGCCGGGGCCGGAUUCUAUUUGGAGCCCCGAUUGUCCAGCAGGAGCAGCAGAUCUGUGAUGCUGUCUAGCUCUGCUGGCAAUUAAGCCAAAGCUCGUGGUCAUUCUGUGGAGCGAAGGCUGUGGCGAUAUUGCGUAUGCACUAGUCGGUCGGGAAUGCUGGACGAUCUGUCCCUGCUGCGCACGAGCAGGACUUGCAGCAGAGAGGGCGCUAAGCGAAGGGGAAAGGCAGAAAUUUGACCUGAGCGAGCGAGAGAGAGCGAGCAGGCAGCAUAAGGGGAUGAGCAGUGACAUCCUCUGGUGCAGGGGAGCCUAGAAUUGGUCGUUCUAUCGCCUGGCGAAGCUCGCCUGUAGUUUGUUCUCUGCAGGCAGGGAAUGGGAAGCCAGCAUAGCCUCUGCUCGGCCGAAGCCAUCACCUGGAUUCAUCUCUGAUCGCUUGAUUGCUGUAGCCUCCGGAUAGACGAGACGAUAGGCGAGGCGAGGCGAGGGGAGGAAAGGAGCAGAGGACUAGUGUGGAGUGGCGCUGCUGUCGGUCUGUCGGUCUGUCUCGACGGUUCUCUCGUCGCAUGAAGGCCGACAACGCUGCCCAGCCUUUUCCCAGGAUACCGACUCACGGGUCACGAUUGACUGGCGGAAUUCCUCAGGUUGGUAGGGAAAUUUUCUAGGCACUGAGCACGUUGACCAAUUCCGAUCAGUGGGAGGAUUGUGCUGGAUACGAGGGUGAGGUGAAGUUGGAGCAUCCAUCGUCAGAAAGUCGUAACUGGAUGGACAGUUUCAUCUGGAAUUGUCAGGAAGCCACAGCAGUUUGACUGUCAUGCGAAUCGCAGUGUCUGUCCAUGGAAAUUAGAUUGCAGGGGUGGUAGCCACUGCACCUUUGCACGGGGAACUUCCAUCCACGUCCGGCACGCGUUGGCUGCAGUGAAGCUGUGGACUAAUCUAGCUAGCCACAUGCGCAAGCUUGAACGACAUGUUUCGCAUAUUGCAGAGGAGCUGGAGAUGAAAUUAGUCAGUAUGAAAGUACAAACAGAGUGGUGAGGGGUCAGGGGUAGAAGCAAGCGAGGGGAAAGGCAAUUAUCAUCGGCAGUGAAUUUCGCGCACAACAGACAGUUGCCCUGGGUCGGAACGGACGACUGGAGCACAUGGUGUAAAGAAAUUCAUGCGCUUUCGGUCCGCUACAACGAAGGGCCGACCUAUUGAUUACGAUGACUACCUUAUUGUAUAACAGGAAGGUCGUAGCGCUAGACUCUUCCGAAUUAGAGUACUGCACUAGAGACAUAGAUUGAUAGGUAGAUAUUCCUCCAGGCAUCUCUCUCUAUCUCUUUCUUUCCUGCCUGUCUGUUGGUUGUUGGUAUGGGAGGCGAAGGAUACGAUUUCGUGAGGAGAUCUAGGCAAUUCUACGAGUGCUCCUUAGAUAGAGACGAGAUAUCGCAUGUGAGAUUUGCGUGACAGCAGCAGCUGCUGCUCUGUUUGACGGGAGGAAGAGAGAUCAGAGUGGAGUUUGCAGGCACAAAAUUGCCACGGCCAGCACAGAUCGAUUUGUGGCGUGGUCGGGCACUAGAGGAGUUGAUCAGGUUGCGCAAAGUUGUGCAUGGAUGGGGACACACAUGUCCCGUGCGGUUCGGGCCCACGAUUCGAGUCAGAGUUUGAGAAGCUUGAAUUUCAAUAAACAGGAGGACAGCAGCGUCAAGAACAAAUCCAACACCAUGAAACAUCAUUCGAGCUCCGAGGAGCUCGAUUCGAUGCCUGAUGAGAACGAGCACUCUCAUCACUCCACGCACUCGAAUCAGUCGCAUCGGUCCACUCCGUCUUCCAGGGACACCCCGCAGAAGCCCAUGCAUCGAAAUCACAGCUUCGGUGACAUCCAUCUCAUGAGGAAUGCUGCGAAACACAACAACAUGCCCCGAAACAGCAGCUAUGGAGACGUCCGCAAACAUAGGCACCAUCAUGACCUCCACUCCGUCUCCAAGCGCUUUCAGCAGGUCCUCGGCCGCAGCGAGAGCUUCAGGGAGAGUCGCGAAAUCCAAGCAAUAACCUUCAAGAAAGAUUUUCAAACGCAUUACUCCUGCGACCUCAGAUCUCCCCUCUCCCAUGGCCGCUAUGCCACUGUCACUGCCGCCCUCAGCUACCUCACUGCCGAAAACGUAGCCGUCAAAAUCAUCAGCAAGGACAGACUGAGAUCCAAAGGAGUUCCUGCUCCGAGAGCAAAUGCACAUGAGAGGACCAUGCGGACCGCCAUCUUGAAUGGAAUCAAAAGCUGCUCAUGGCUGUACGACAAGAAAAGCGGUCGACGGUGUGCUGGUGAAAAUGUUAGAGUGGAAGUUCUGGCUUUACGAAACCUUGCCAAUCAACCCAACGUAGUCAAGUUCGUCGACGUUUUUGAGGAUGAAGCAUUCUUCUAUCUUGUCAUGGAGUUAUGUAAAGGAGGCAAUCUGCUGGAGAGAAUAAACAAAGUGAAGAAUAUGAAAGAAGCACAAGCAGGUCCUCUUCUGAAGCAAAUGUUGGCUGUCACCAAUGUCUGCCAUGCUCAAGGAAUUGCUCAUCGUGAUUUGAAACUCGAGAAUUUUGUGUUCCACUCUGAAACAGAGGACUACCCUCUCAAGUUAGUGGACUUCGGGUCUGCAGCAUUUUUCCGACAUGGACAAAACCGGCCCUUCAAAGGAGCGGCCGGUACAUUCAACUAUAUGGCGCCGGAAGUAUUCGAAUCCAAUUACGGGCCUAUAGCUGACGUAUGGAGUCUGGGCGUAGUUGGCUACUCGAUGUUAUGCGGUACCCUUCCUUUCAGUGGUACCACUUGUGAGGUACUCAAGGAGAAGAUAUUGCACGAUGAGGUUGAGUUUUCUCAUCCCGCAUGGGGUGAUGUCUCUGAAUGUGCUAAAGAUCUUCUGAAAAAAAUGCUGGAGAAGAAUCCGGACUUUCGGAUAACUGUUGAUGAAGCUCUAUCUCAUGCCUGGUUCAGACAAGGAGGUGGUGGUGAGGGAAGCAAUAGAUGUGGUGGCACGGAGUCAGAGUAACAUAACAAAAUGUUGCCGAAAUACUAGCCUCGUUUAGACUGUCUUCCAGGGAGCCAGGGUGGUCCGUGCACUCGGUCCUGGUAGAUACAGGUGGUCCUAGAUUUCUAAUUGGAUAUCUAGGUAGAUCGUCACUUAUGCAGGAUAGGGCCUGUGGGACUACUUGGACCAUGUUUGGGAGUACUGAUCAAAUAUAAUCGCAAAUGGAUUUUCCGGGUCCCUUGUAAUAGUUUUAACAUUAGAGUUUUGAUGCUGCUGGUACUUGUAAUUUACACCUUGUGCAGAGAGGUUUCCAAAGCUGUUCAAGACAGUUGGCGUGAAAUCAGAAGCCAAAGCCAUUAUUGUUAUUUUCCUCAAAUGUGUUCAUAUGACGGAAAGUUACCAAUUUAUACCUCCG